GCGCCUUGUGUUUUGAAAUUUCGCUUUCGCGAGCCCUCGCGUCUCCCACUCGUCAGCCGCCUCUCACAGUCGUGAUGUGGGUUUGUUCCAUCCAUUACGUUUGCGUUCGUGUGGCCGGCUAGCCGCCUCCACCGCCCCCCUUCGCCCCCCCCGCGCGCCAUCCCCGGUUGGGGGGUUGAGGGGGCUUCCCAAACCAUGGCGUCAGUGUACAGCCGAGGGUCCCGUACCCUGAGCAAGGAUGACGUGAACUACAGAAUGCAUUUCCGAAUGAUCAACGAGCAGCAGGUCGAGGACAUAACCAUCGAAUUCUUCUACCGGCCUCACACCAUCACGCUGCUCACGUGCACGGUGCUUUGUUUGAUGUAUUUCGCCUUCGCGAGAGACGAUGGAAAUCCUGACAGUAAUCUUUGGGUGGGUUUGAUUCUGGUGAUUUCCUUCUUCCUCGUCAUCAGCGUUUUGGCGUUUCCCAACGGUCCAUUCACCAGACCUCAUCCAGCGAUAUGGAGAAUAGUCUUUGGCCUGAGUGUGCUGUACUUCCUCUUCCUGGUUUUCAUCAUCUUCCUGAACUGGCAGCAGGUUAAACAGUUAAUGUAUUGGCUGGAUCCGAACCUUCGCUACGCCAAGAGAGAGGCUGACAUAAUGGAGUACGCAGUCAACUGCCACGUCAUCACCUGGGAGAGAAUUCUCAGCCAUUUUGACAUCUUCGCCUUCAGCCAUUUCUGGGGUUGGGGCAUGAAAGCCCUCCUCAUCCGAAGCUACGGCCUCUGUUGGACCAUCAGUAUUACCUGGGAGCUCACCGAGCUCUUCUUCAUGCAUCUGUUGCCCAACUUCGCCGAGUGCUGGUGGGACCAGGUGAUUCUGGACAUCCUCUUGUGUAACGGUGGGGGGAUCUGGCUGGGGAUGACCGUGUGCCGCUUUCUGGAGAUGAGGACUUACCACUGGGCCAGUAUCAAUAAACUUCAACUUGGAGUGUCAACAAACCGCUUGAUUCUGCUUGUUGUGAAAGACAUCCACACCACGACGGGCAAGAUCAAGCGAGCCGUUUUGCAGUUCACGCCGGCGAGCUGGACCUACGUGCGCUGGCUGGAUCCCAAGUCUUCCCUGCAGCGAGUGAUGGGCGUCUAUCUCUUCAUGAUCAUCUGGCAGCUGACAGAGUUAAACACGUUUUUCCUCAAGCACAUAUUCGUCUUUCCGGCAAGCCACGCCCUCAGCUGGUGCCGGAUCCUGUUUGUGGGCAUCAUCACAGCGCCGACAGUCAGGCAGUACUACGCGUACCUCACAGACACGCAGUGUAAGAGAGUUGGGACCCAGUGUUGGGUGUUUGGGGCCAUCGCCUUUCUGGAGGCGCUGGCGUGUAUCAAAUUCGGACAAGACUUGUUCUCCAAAACCCAAAUCCUCUACGUGAUCCUCUGGCUCCUGUGUUUGGCCUUCAUUACAUUCCUAUGUCUGUACGGAAUGGUGUCAUACGCAGAGAACUACGGUCCAAGAGAAAAGAGCUUCUCCGAAUGCGAGGACGGCAAUUACACGGAGUUUGCGGAUGACGUGUCAGAAGAAUUUAUAGGAGAGACCGAAGUGGGAGGCGACUGCCCCAAAAUCCGACUGAGAGGAAAGGCCUCGGGAAAGCUCAACUCCGUUAACGGCCUGGAGAGCCAGUAGGAAUCAAAGGAGGGUUUUCCUAAACUCUACCCCCCACCCCCCUUCGAAAAACAAAAAAAAAAAUGAAAUAAGGUUCUGGCGGUGGCAUUAAGAUUUGGAAUGAGUCUUAAAAACGGCCCCCCCCUAUUCCUGGAGAGACUCAACUGGUCCGUGCAGUGUUGUAAAAGCGGCACACACCAACUGCCAACCGUAGAUUGAAGCGCGAGCACCGCGUGGCUGAUCAUUUCCAGACAACCGCUCCCGUGCAUUAAUAUUCAUCACCUCUCCCAACAUUUCACUAUUUAAAUCGAGUCAUAUUUUAUGGUACAGAAAUAUUUAAACCUCUCACUAAUUAAUACAACUCAUAAACAUUGCGCCGAGUGCAUUGGCGGUUUGGUGACGACGACUCGAUUGUGGGUGGGGCUUCCGCCCAAGCAAAAAAAAAAAACAUUUUUAAUUUUUUUUGGAACAAAACAAAGCACACGGCUCACGCACUUUGCCGAAGGUUUGCUCUGAAGAACUGCACAUUAGUGAUGAGUAUCAUGGGAUUUAUUGUGAUUUUACUCCUUGUUUAUUCAUGGCUGCUAUUAUUGUUAUUUUUUUCUUACUGUGAUGUAAACAGCAAAUAUUCAAAAUAUUCAUCAGAGUAUAUGAUUGCCCAUGAUCUUGUUACACGUGCAUGUUUGCAAUGUUAUACAUAACCAACACUGUGGUGGCAAAAUCUUUUUUUUUGUUUUUUUUUCUUCCACUUGCACCUUUUGUGCUGUCUGCAUGUUCAUUUGUUUUUUCUCAAUUCUCUUUGUGUGUUCAUACUAAUUUAAUGUUUUUCUUUGAUUGCAUUAUUAAUCAAAUGUAUUCGGGUUUUGUGCCAUCUGUGUCGUUUCAUGCAGUAGAUGAUCCGUGCGGGUUGCUCACGUUUGGACUAACAUCCUCCAAAAACGAAGCCAUCGACCACACGAUCACACUGGGUUCACUUUUAUUGUUUCCAGUCUUGCAGUUUUGAUGACGGCGGGUCGAACAGAAUGCUAAAAUUUUUUGUUUCGUCGAGAUCUUCCACACGGCCACGGUGGAGAUUUGGCGCUUUUACGCUUCCUGCGUUUGUACUUUGACGCCUCUCUUUAAACUUCUUUUUUUUGGGGGGGGGGUGAUGUGACCUGUAACGAUUAAUUGUUGACAAAUCAGAUUUUUGUUUGAGACCAGCAACUGGUGUGAGACAAAGACAUGAUUUUUUUUGUUUUAUUUUUUUUCCUGGAUGUAUACGUAAUUUGCCAAAACAUUUACAUGGGAAAUUACUUGUGCCGUUCUAUACCACUGUGAAAUAAUAUUGAUAUUAAAAUGUUUUACACGUUC